AAUAUAUGUCCCCAAAGCCCUGAUCAUCAAAGUCUUUAAAUGAACCUUUUAUUAAACUCUUCCACAAUGCAGAGCUAUAGACAGAACUCUCACAGGAUUUUGGAGACCCCAUUCAAGUCAGUUUUCAAGUGAAUUUGAUAAAUUGCUAUGACAGCAAACCCACUCUUCCUCUGAGAAAUGAAUGCUUGCAAUUUUGAUACUACAUUACGGUGUAUUUUUGAGUGAAAAUUUGAGCAAUUUCCUGAAUUCAUUGUUCUUCAGGAGUUAUAGCUGGGGAUUGGCAAAUGAGUCUUGCUUAUUUUUAAAACAGUUUUUCGAGUGGGUGAAUGUGAAAGGGUGGGCAUAGUAUCAGGUAAUUGAAUGUGUGGGUAUAUAUGUUUCUAUAUUGGUAAAAGCCAGAUUAAUUACUAUCCUCAGUGCCCAGAUUGGCACCACACUAUAUUUUAAAUUGCAGAUCUAAACAGAGUGCUAGUUUACAGGAAAUUACAUUUUCAGAUUAAUGGUAGCAUUUGGUUGUGCAGAAAGCAGCAGUUUCCUUCCUUUCUCUUUCAUUCAUUCUUUCUUCCUUCCUUUUUUUCUUCCACAUUGGUAAAUACAUUUAGCACCCAACUGCUUGAGGAGAGAGGAGGAUUGGGGGGGAAGAUGGGUUUUUGUCAUGAAUACUGGGGACUUGUUAUGAUGUCACUGCCAGCUCUGUGUGAUCGUAGGUGGUAUUAGAGCUCCAGGAGCGAGAGGGGGGGAGAGCAGUGGAAGAGAUGAUGUCGCUCUCAGACAAGCAGCCAGCCUCUCUCACUGCUGCGUACAGCCAGCUCGGUAAGGACAAGCCUGCAGAGUGCCGAAUGGACUCCCCAAAAGAAAUCAGUCAAGCUGGAUUUGAGUGGCAGAGGACAGAGGGCAAACUGAAUGAAAUCGGGCUGAAUGUCAGCAUGGACGGGAAGCUGAAAGACGGGCUUGUGAAGAAUGCCAGCUUCCUGGAGCAGAGUAAGCUCUGCUUUUUUGAGGGGAAGCUAGACAAAGAGCACAGCAUUGAAGUGCAGGACAAGGAAUAUCAAGCAACCUCGGGUCACCUUGAGAGCAGGUACGUGAUUUCAGAAACCUGCCACCCUUUGGAGGGGAACUCAGUUCACCAGAAGACAGGUGAGUUCCACCUGGGACUCAUAGAGGGGCCAGAAAAAAACAAAACCGCUACCGUUCAAGGGAAAGCAGCAGGGAAGAAUGGACUAGAGACCAAGAGCCAGCCAGAUCUGGAUUUCCCUGGGGCUGCUGACACCCCUACCCGAUAUGUUAAGGAGCAGGAAACCAGUGUUUGGAACCCCAACUUUCAUCCUGUGGCUCAAGGCCCUCAGAGAUCAAGGGAAGCAACUCCAGGAGAAGAGAAUGGCAUCACCCCUGGCUGCCCGGUGAUUGGAGUGGUGAAUGACUCUGAGCAGUUUAAAUGUGAGUCCCCACUACUGGAGACUAUAGCCCACCCAGCCCCCAUUAUUGAGCAUUCACCCCCUGGCAUUCCACCAAUCACUAUGGUGGAGUUCACCCAGGAAUAUUUGAAUGCAAGCUCUCACAUCAGAGGCCAUGAUAAGGAGUUGGAGAAAUUGGAUUCUACCGAUGAGGGGGCCGUGCUCGACCAAGCCCCCCAGCAGAAAAAGGCCAUGCGCCGAGCCCUGUCUGAAUGUUCUCACCUCUCAGUUCCCCCAGCUGUCAACCUUGCAGAUAAGUACCCUGAACUUCCUGCCCGAGAAGAGCUUUCUUCUGGCCUGCUGCCUCCCAACACUGGCCCAGUGCCUAGUCCCACGCCCAGGAACCUGGGUGCCCCUGCCAUCAGGCGCUCCAUGACAGUGGCUGAAGAACAGACAGCUAGCUACAAAUUGAGCCCUGGGGAACUGCCCAGCUUGUCUACUAACGAGAUACCUCCUUUCAUCUGUGAGGAAUCAGUGGCUGAGAAGAGAGAAGAAUUGACCCAUUUCAGCAACAGCAGCAGCAGCUCUGGUAAGAAGGACCUCGGCACUGGUGGGUUAUAUCUCCAUAGUAAGCUGGAGCAAAUUCCUGAAGGAAGCAGCAAGGAAAAAGGACAGGAAGAUAUUAGUGAAGCAAGAAUUGAUUCAUGCUCCCAAGUCUGCCAGGGAGGAGAGAAACAGCCAGGGCAGACGGCUCUGGCAGGGAAGAAAGAAAUUGAGGUCACCGCAACCCAGAGCACUCUAUCGUUCCUGUGUGAAGAGACCCCACGUGAUGGUAUGUUACUAAAUUUUGCCUCCAUUGGGAACAAGCAGACAGCAAGGAAGGAACCAAAGUGACAGAUUACCGGCAGGAGCAUUAGGCAGCUUUUUACUGCUGGAGUCUGUGACUGCCUGGGGAAAGCUUGAUUCCCUUGUGUUGGGAGCUUGCUGGGAGUGAGGAAAGAAAGAGAACAAAGUGAAUCUGGCUGGGUCAAACUGAGUAUCUGCUGGCAUGACAGAUAGUGUAGAUUGAGGAUGUGGCCUGAAUGGGUUGGAGGUGGAAUGGGGUGAGAGGAUGGUGGGCAUAAAAAUUGAAGUCCCUUUCUUGACCUCAGUCAUCUUGGCCACCCCAUCCCCCAUCCUCCAUCCCUCCCAUCCCUCACCUCCCCCUUGGUUUGAACCAAAUGACUCCUGAGCUCUAAAUCAACCGAUCUCAACUGAUUGAUUUCCUUGCCUGAAAAAUCUGUCACUUUGUGUAGAUUCACAAUGAGUUUAUCAGCACUAACCUCCUCUCAUUAAGUUGCACAGUCCGGGUGGAAGCUCUGUUUUCCGUUUUGCUUUUGAGAACGUUUUACUUUUGUUCAAGCUGAAAAGGAGCCUUUUAAAGCUGGCUAUUUAAUAUUCUUUUCCUGUUCUUCAUGUUUGACCCAAUCUAGCUUCUAGUUUUCUCCUUCUUUAUGUGUUUUGGGAGGAUUUGUGGGGAGAAGGAGAAGAAAGAGAAAGUAGAGAGAGAAAGAGAGACUUGCAACUUAAUAAACAGCUAAGUGUUGUGGUCUUUGUGACUGCCUUCUCUGUCUUUCUUCCUGGCCUUUUCUUUUCUUCCCCAUCCCCCAUCCCCCAUUGCUCUUAUUGUUGGGGGCCUAAAAAAGCUUGUUUUUCUCUGAGUCCAGUUUGAGCAAAGGGCCAUGAUUCGCGAGCUUGUUUGAGGGAAUUUAAAACAUGUGUUUUGUUUGUAAAAAAUGUUCUCUUUUCUAGGACCUGAAAAAGAGUACAUUUUAAUGAAAAUUUUUACUCGAUUUCUCUAAAAAUAAGAAGUGGUAUUUUCUAGAGGAGUGGUAAGUAGAAUAGGACCCUGAAGACUGACAGGUUUUUGUGGGGGUUUUUUAAUGGAGAUAGGCAGAAAGUCUUCAUAUUUCAUCUGUGAUUUAUUAUGACUCCAGGAUCACAAGCAUUCAGGUAUCCCAUGGUGUUGUUUAUUUCUAGCUGUGGCAGAGAACUGUCAGCUACUCCUGGACAGGACUUUGCCUUUCUUUUAUUGAUUCUCCAGGUGCCUAGUUCAGCACCAUAUGCCUUCUAGGUAAUAAUGAAUGAAGACCUUUGUUUGUUUUAGAAUAAGUUCAUUCUAGUUCAAACUAAUAGAAGUUUGUGCUGAUAGAAGAAAAAAAAUUAUCCAUUCACCUGCUAAAUGCUUGAAUGCAGGCUUUGCUAACCAUUGUAUAGAUAAAACUAUAUAAAAAUAGGUUAAUUCGACAUGCCUACCAUUUGCCGGUCACCAUCUGGGAACUGGAAACUGUACUUGUCCUCAAGCAACUAAUGAUCUAGUAGGAGACGGUGAGAGGGUUGUGAACAUGGAAACAUAUUGGAGGAGGUCAUAUUUGAGCUGGGCCUUGCUAACAAUGCAGAGAGAAAGACUUCCAGGCAAAGGAACUCAUAUAAGCAAAGGUAUGAAGCCUAGACAGCUCAUGUUAGUGUCUUUAUGGGACACUUCCUUGAGGAUAUAUGAUUGCAAAGAACAGAAACAUACUCAGAGGAAUUCAAAUUAUUUAAGAAGUAUUUAUUGACAGGAUAUAGAAGAAUCUUGGGGAAUCCAAUUACAGGAAGUAUUGCUAGGCUACAGCUAUUGUGUAUGUCUCUCUUGGGACCUCAGCUUCUCCCUGCACAUGUGUUCCAUUCUCUUCUCUUGUAGAAACUGUAUUUCCUCUGUCAUCUCUUUUUGCUUCCUUUGUGACUCUGUUCUGCCCAGGACAGAAACAGCAUUGGGUUGCCAUGGUUUGGGCUCUGUGGCUACUGUAUGUCUCAGGGACCCAAGGUUGUUUGACUGCUGUUUCCAUGCCUUAAUCCUAUUAGAAAAUGAGUAAGUCAGUAUGUCUUCUUAGCUCAGUGUGGUCCAGUCAACUGUGUACUGGGUCCCAUGGCCUUCUUAAGCCAUCUUAGCCAUUUAAACCCACCCACUUCACUCACCUGGAGGCUUCUCUAGAGGAGAGAGUAUGGGUUAAAGAAACAUUCCAAAGUUAUCUUUACAUAUGUGGCAAGAAAUAAUGGAAGAAAAUUCUAGAAAAUUGUUUGGACCCAAUCUUGCCAAGCUUCAAAUGCCCCGCCUUCCUUCCAUAUUCAAAAACCUGUGGUGACUACCUAUCACAGCAAAUAAAGUAGCUCAAGGUCAGCUUUGGGAAGACUUACCUGUUCUCAGUUGGUAAGAUGAACUGGAAAAAAGAGAAUUGAAGGCAAAAAUACUAUUAGAACGGUUUGAUUCAGGUAGUGGCAGGUAAAACACUAAGGACAUGAUAGAGG